ACUGAUUCACCGAGUCCAUCUUUCUUGAUCUAAAACUAAUCCGGAUGGGCGGAGUGGUGGUCGGGGAGAUCUGUCUCUUUAAGAGAAGUGCUUUUAUGUGUUGCCCGAGACCCUCCCCCCGCUCUCCCACUUCUCUGAUUAUAUUUAAUCCCAUUGUCUGUCUGCGGAACACCAACUACUGCCCGAAUGGCUGGCCAGCGAGUCCCUUUCACAUGGAGAUGAGGUCCCUCAAAUGCAAAGAACUUUAACCGGAUUGUCGCUACGAAAAGAGGCGAGGACAAGAUUUUAUAAGCAGGCGAACAAAUCUAAGCGAAGACAAACAGAUCUGCGACAAAGAUACCUAGAGAGCGGGAAAGUGAGAGGGGAAAGCUUUUUGAAAACGGCUCCCAUGAAGUCGACUACAGUGUGCGCGGUGCCGCGCAGGACAUCAGAUCAGUGACAGGGCGCGGACCUGCAGCGCUGUUCAGAGACUUUGCUCAGGUGCGGACACGGCGGUUUCGUUCACUGUUUGCGUAUUAACUACUACAAUCGGGAAACCAUAUUUGUGAUUGGAAUACAGCCGCACCUUUUAUUAUUUGCAAUUGCUGAAAGAAGAUGCCUGCGCCCGGAGUCCAGAUGUUCUGCACGCUGCUCUUCGUGCUGCUCUGCCUCUUGGCUUUCGGCUCGCCCCACCCUUGUCCGCUUUCCUGCGAGUGCUCCGAAGCGGCUAAGACUGUUAAAUGUGUCGGGAGGUAUCUGACCGCCAUUCCCACAGAUAUCCCGGGAUUCACCCGGAAUUUAUUUAUCACGGGGAAUCGCAUUAGUAAGAUCGGACCUGAACCAUUUAAAGCCCUGGAGAAUCUAACCACGCUGUCCCUAAGUAAUAACAGAAUCAGUGUGAUAGAGCCCAAAACGUUUGCUUCACUACGCAAUCUUCGCCUCCUUGAUCUGAGCAACAACCAGCUUGCUGUCAUCAGUCAUGAUGCCUUCAGCACCGAGAACAACUCCAUUCGUGGACUCAACCUCAGUCGCGCCUUUUACAACCACUCGAGCAUCGACGACCUCAUGGGCUCCCUUUGUCAAGGCAGUUUCGCCAACUUGCAGGACCUGGAUCUCUCCGAGAAUGGGAUUAUCUACUUGCCGCCAUUCAUGUUCUCCUCCUUGUCUGGUCUGAAAUACCUAAACCUAAGGAACAAUUCAAUUGUGUUUGUCAAAAACUCCACAUUCUACGGCCUCAGCCUGGAAGUGCUUGACUUGUCCUUUAACGCCAUCAAGACGUUUAAAGCAGAUAGUCUGAGAGAUUUUGACAGGCAGCAGAAGGUACAGAUCCAGCUCAGGGACAAUCCUUUUGUCUGCACUUGUGGCAUCGAAGAUUUUUUAGAUUGGCUGAACAUCACUAAAGCCGUGGUGGAUGCUGAAAAGUUGGUGUGCGCCUUCCCUAAAGAGCUUCGCAAUGUGUCGCUGCUCUCCUUGAAAGACACAGAACUUGAGUGCCACUCCAAUGAGCAUGCAGAGAUUGCCUUGCAGACAUCCUAUGUCUUUCUUGGAAUUGUCCUUGGAUUUAUUGGCAUCAUAUUUCUCUUUGUUCUGUACUUGAACAGGAAGGGCAUUAAAAAGUGGAUCAUUAACCUGAGGGAUACAUGCCGUGAACUGAUGCAGAGUUACCAUUACAGGUAUGAGAUCGACUCGGACCCCAGGCUGUCCCAGGUCUCCACAUCUGACUUGUGAUAUCCAUGGAAGUGGCACAUUAAAGGCGGAGAGAAAAAAACAAAACAAAAAAUAAACACUUAUUUUCUAAGACUUUAUAUUUAUGGGGGACUUAUA